UUAUUGAACCGAACUGUCAGUGUGACAUGCUGUUCAAUUUGACAAGUUAUCAUUUUGUUUGAAGUUUUGACAGACCCUGGAGAAAGAUGGCUUCAGCUUUAUUGAAGAAAAUAUUAAUAUCUAAUCCAAAUGGUGUUCGCAAGGCGGCUGAAAUAUUUUGUAACGCAACUAGAAACCAUUGGAACUAUCAAUACAAACCAGGCCCAUACCCCAAAACCCCUGCAGAGAGAGCGGCUGCUGCAAAAAAGUAUGGAAUGACCAUAGAAGAAUAUCAACCGUAUCCGGAACACAUGUGUUAUGGUGAUUAUCCUAAACUCCCGGAUAUUGGUUCAGAUUCUAAGGAUCCCUACUAUCCUUAUGAUCAACCAGAGUUGAAAAGGAAUUUCAACGAACCGAUUCAUGCCAGUCAAGAGAUAAUUGGUGAAGAUCGUUAUGACAUUAGCAUGAAGCCAAGGUUCUCACUUCUACAUCAAUGGACAUGGUUCUUGGGUGUUAUUGGUGGAUCAUUUGCUUUGUACAUUUUCUUGGAGGACUACAAAUUUGGAAGACCAGUCACUAUUAAGCAGUAUCCGAAAGACGGACCCCACUAUCUGUUUUGUCAAAAGUAGAAGAAUUCUAGAAACAUUAUUUGUUGAUGCUGUGAAGCAUUAGAAGUUAUUAAAAAUAGAAAUGUU